AUGGAAGAGUCCUAUUUCCCAACCCAAGAGCAGCACCAUCAGCGCUCCCGUGGCAGCACUUUUUAUCUUCUAUACGCCACCUACACUAUUGUAAAAAUUGGAUGCAUUAUAGGCGUUUUGUCUGCAGAUGGCUCGCUUUGUCCGAGAACUCUAUAUGUCUAUUUGAUUCUGUAUACAGCGACAGAAGGCUACGAGCUUCUUUUCCUUCUGCUGCUUUCUUUGCAUAGGUACUGCUUGCAAGUGACGACUUCUUCCUUUUUAAUUAGGACAGGCCAAGCAAGCUAUGAAUGGUAAUCACUAUCCAGCUUUCGGCUUAUCAUCACUAUUGCGAUAACAGUAGAACUCUGUAAGGAACCUUCUAGUAUCCAUCACUCCUCAGGGAUCCUCUCUCUGAUCCUCAUAAUUGCAGGGUAUUUGAAAUAUUUGUUUAUCGUGGCAAUUGGAGUGCUUUAUUAUUUUUAUUUCAGAAGGUUCAUCACGGCGAGAACACCUUCAAGACUGCAGCCUGUAAGCCUUAUGCAGGUUUCAGAAGACGAACUAGACACCUAUAUUGGCCCGAUGCCUGAAGGAGAGACGUGCUCGAUUUGUUAUGAAGAGUCAAAUGUGGAUUCGCUGUGUGUCGUUUUAAGGUGCAAGCAUGGGUUUCAUCGUCACUGCUUAAAAGACUGGGUGCUCAUCAAAGGAUCAUGCCCAAUCUGCAGAACCCCAGUGAGAAAUGUAUAG